UUGGUCAAGGUUUUUCCUUUUCUUCGUCCUCUCGAUUAGACGACUCUGAAAGUAAAAACCAUCUCCCCAUUUCUAAUUGAACAGAGAUUUCAGAUCAUGAUAAAUUGGAUUCUUUUUUGGUCUGUAAGCACUCUCCCACUCGCCGUAGUUCUUUUAUUUGCUUCGCAAAUUCUCAAUCGUCGUAGAAACAAGAAAGCAGCCGUCGGAUUCUUCCAUCCUUACACCAAUGAUGGCGGCGGCGGAGAGAGAGUCCUUUGGUGCGCCGUUAAAGCCAUCCAAGAACAAAACCCAGAUCUCGAUUCUGUUAUAUUCACUGGCGACCACGACGCCUCCUCUCAAUCCUUAAUGUCACGGGCCACCGAUCGCUUUGGCGUUUACCUCCUCAAUCCCCCUAAAGUGGUGCAUUUGAAUAAAAGAAAAUGGAUUGAAGAAACAACGUAUCCACACUUCACAAUGAUUGCUCAAAGCUUGGGAUCGGUUUAUUUAUCUUGGGAAGCCUUAAACAAGUUUACACCUUUGUAUUAUUUUGACACUAGUGGAUACGCUUUUACAUACCCAAUUGCACGUUUAUUUGGGUGCAAAGUUAUUUGUUAUACUCAUUAUCCUACUAUCAGCCUAGACAUGAUUUCUCGAGUUCGUCAACGAAGCUCUAUGUACAAUAAUGAUGCCGUAAUUGCUAGAAGCGUGUGGCUAUCCCAAUGCAAAAUUAUCUAUUAUACAAUUUUUAGCAGGAUGUAUGGAAUGGUUGGCUCUUGUGCGCAUCUUGUAAUGGUUAACUCUUCAUGGACUGAGUCUCACAUCGAGAAGCUUUGGGGAAUUCCUGAGCGUAUUAAACGAGUUUAUCCUCCUUGUGAUACUUCAGGACUUCAGGCACUUCCUUUGGAAAGAUCGGGGGAAACACCAAAAAUCAUAUCUGUUGCACAGUUCCGUCCAGAGAAGGCACAUAAUCUUCAACUUGAGGCCUUCUCUGUUGCCAUAAAAAAACUAGAUGCAGAAUUUCCAAGACCUAAGCUGCAGUUUGUAGGUAGUUGUCGAAAUAAAUCAGACGAGGAAAGACUUCAGAAUUUGAAAGACAAAGCGGUGCAAUUGAAUAUUCAAGACGAUGUGGAAUUCCAUAAAAAUGUGAUGUAUAGGGACUUGGUAAGACUUUUGGCAGGUGCUGUUGCCGGAAUCCACUCGAUGAUAGACGAGCACUUUGGCAUUAGUGUUGUAGAGUACAUGGCUGCAGGAGCCAUACCAAUUGCUCAUAAUUCUGCCGGCCCCAAAAUGGACAUUGUAUUAGAAGAAGAUGGACAACAAACAGGAUUUCUUGCCAAAAAUAUAGAAGAAUAUGCAGAUGCAAUCCUGAAAAUCGUAAAGAUGCCCGAGCCUGAAAGACUCAAGGUAGCUACAGUAGCACGGCGAAGAGCUAGCAGAUUUUCCGAGCAAAGAUUUUUUUAUGAUCUCAAAGCCGUAAUCCGACCAGUUAUAUGCCAUUCUUCCUAGUGAUAUGGGAUUGCAUUAGGCUUACAUUGACAUAGAAAACAGUAGUUAUAGGUCUACUUUUUCUUGUUUAUCGGGAUUAUGGACCCUUACAAAAUAGGUAUACUGUUAAUUUUGAUUUAAAAGCAUAGUGAAAGGAAUUUCAGUUUUUAAAUGAA